AUGUCCAAAGGACCGAGUGCUGUCGCAGCAUGCGGCGCGGAGCCGCUCCUGGAGCCCCAGCGUCGUCGGUGCCACUUCCAGAGCGCGCUCGAGCGCGACAUGCUCCUGCAGCAGGCGGUCACGCAGUUGCAACUCUGCAGCAAGAAAGGCUGCUUCUCGUGCCUGGAGUCGUCCAUCUUCUUCGAUAAGCGCCUCCAGAACGCGGAUGUUCAUGCAUUUGAGGCGCUCAACUUCGGCGGCUUCGAGCUCAUAUGUGCGCUUUUGCUCCUCCGCGAGCUCGAGAUUGAGUGCAACUUGCCGCAGGGCUUCAUCCAGACGACGCUCCAUUGA